AUUUGGGUUCCUCCACCGCCGGGCUCGAUGCCGGCUCCGGACUUCGUGUCACUUUGUGCGAACGGUCUGAUGCUGGAGAGCGGAAAUAACCCGGUCGCGGCUGCGAUAGAGACCUGGCGACGCUGGCAGGAGGCAGCCUGCUCAUGCGACGGUCUCUCUUCAUCGACUCAUCCAGUUGUCUGGCCAGCAUUCGGCCCUGAGCGGCGAAGGCGUCGAGCGGGGAGAGGGCGGGGGGAAUUUCACCAUCGAAAUGCUCAAUCCGAGGAGACGGAGCUCCUCGACCGGUCCGGGGUCGCCCAUCGCCCUGCUGGGACCGAAGAUCCAGAUAACCAGGCCGCGAGGACAUUGUCAAUAUGGUGCAGAAUCGAAGAAGUCAAACUAUCAGGCGAAAUGUUCGGUUCGCCGGCCGAGCGGAAUCCCACGACGCAAGAAAAGGGACAACGGACGAACAGCAGCGGAAUUGGUCAAAGAAAACGAAUGUCUUUGCAGUCCUAG